CUCAUUUGAUCUACUUCGGUGACCCCUCCCUCCCUUUGUCAAAGGGGUCGCCUUCGUCUACCUCUGUCUCUCUCCAAAUUAAAGAAUUAUACAGAAAAAAAAAGGCCCAAAAACCUGUGGAAGAUGUCGACGGAGAUGGCACAGACCGAUCCAGAGGGCAUUGACGGAGUCCGAAUGACAUGGAACGCCUGGCCACGCACCAAAGUCGAGGCCAGCAAGUGCGUUAUACCCAUCGCCGCAUCGAUCUCUCCGAUCCGCCCUCACCCCGACAUACCCACUCUUCGCUAUCCCCCUCUCCGAUGCAAAACCUGCUCUUCAAUUCUCAAUCCUUUCUGUCGUGUCGAUUUCACAGCCCACAUAUGGAUCUGCCCCUUCUGCUUCCAACGCAACCACUUCCCUCCCUCAUACUCCCAAAUCUCCGAAACCAACGUCCCCGCUGAACUCUACCUACAAUUCUCGACAAUACAAUACCAAAUUGACGCCCAUACUCAACCCCAAUUGGGUUCAGCUUCGCCUGUCUUUGUGUUCGUUCUUGAUACUUGUAUGCUCGAGGAGGAACUGGGUUUUGCGAAAUCGGCCUUGAUAAGGGCAAUUGGGUUGUUGCCAGACCAUGCGAUGGUGGGUCUUGUGUCGUUUGGGACUCAGGUUCAGGUUCAUGAACUGGGUUUCUCGGAUAUGUCUAAGGUUUAUGUGUUUCGGGGGUCAAAAGAAUUGUCGAAGGAUCAGGUUUUGGAUCAGUUGGGGCUUGGAAAUGUCGCCGGACGGAGGACUGGUGCCGCGCAGGGUUUUCAGAAGGGGGCACAAGCUGGAGUUCCUAAUCCGGGGGUUUCCAGGUUCUUGUUGCCAGCUUCAGAGUGUGAAUAUACUCUCGUUUCGUUACUGGAUGAGUUGUGUACGGAUCAAUGGCCAGUUCCACCUGGUAAUAGGGCAUUGAGGUGUACUGGAGUGGCAUUGAGUGUGGCUGCGGGAUUGGUUGGCGCUUGUUUACCUGGUACGGGUGCUAGAAUUAUAGCUAUGGUGGGCGGUCCGUGCACAGAAGGGCCAGGCGUGACCUUCAUGAAACAAUUGGUCUUCUACCUUAUAUACCCUUAUGCUCAAUAA